ACCGUUGAUUACCCUAAUUUCAAGCUCGUCAUCGUCGGUGACGGCGGCACAGGAAAAACAACCUUCGUCAAGAGGCAUCUUACCGGUGAAUUUGAGAAGAAAUAUGAACCGACCAUUGGUGUGGAGGUUCACCCUUUGGAUUUCUUCACAAACUGUGGAAAGAUCCGAUUCUACUGCUGGGACACUACUGGACAAAAGAAGUUUGGGGGUCUCAGAGAUGGUUACUAUAUCCAUGGGCAAUGCGCCAUUAUAAUGUUUGAUGUUACUGCCCGACUGACAUACAAGAAUGUCCCUACUUGGCACCGUGAUCUUUGCCGGGUCUGCGAGAACAUCCCCAUUGCUCUUUGUGGCAACAAGGUUGAUGUGAAGAACAGACAGGUGAAGGCAAAACAGGUUACUUUCCACAGGAAGAAGAAUCUGCAGUACUAUGAGAUCUCGGCCAAGAGUAACUAUAACUUUGAGAAGCCUUUCCUUUAUCUUGCCAGGAAACUUGCAGGUGAUCCUAACUUGCACUUUGUUGAAUCUCCUGCAUUGGCUCCACCUGAAGUUCAAAUUGAUUUAGCUGCACAACAACAGCAUGAGGCUGAGCUUGCUGCGGCUGCUAGUCAGCCCCUUCCUGAUGAUGAUGAUGAUGAUGAUGCAUUUGAUUAAAAAUCUGCGUGUCUGUUGAUCAUCUUUCUGAGUUGCUGCUUCUGUCUUAAGCUAAGCUAAGCUACACUAUGUUGUGGGGUUGUAUUAUGGCAUUUUUGGUGUGGAUUUGAGUAUCUGAAAUUU